AAAUCAAACAUAGGGAAAUUACUUGCAGGCAAACUCCUAUGUUCGCAUUUAAAAAAAACUCACUGUAUGUGGUGUAAACAAAAUGUCUUGUCAAAUUAAACAAAUAGGAAAUUUAGAAAACAUUUCGACUAUAAGAAGGUGUCUGUUCCCCACAGAUGACGAACGAGGAUCGGACAGUUGGUUGCAAAUUUGUAAAGUAUCAGCAGCACCGACUGGGGAUACAAUAGCUAUAGCUUACGAUAGACGCCUUGUGAUCCUCACCGCAAAAUGGGAUAACGUCAAAGCAAUAAGUACAUUCGCUAUAUUAUUUUCGGGUUGUGUUGACAACGAUGAUCCAAUUACCGCAGUUCUUUGUUUACCUGUGGUUAUUCAAAGUCAAAGCUCACAGGUUGGUCCCGAAUGGGUAUGUGUUGCAAUUGGUUUCGAAUCGGGUGUUGUACGUUUUUAUACAGAAGAUUGUAAAUUGCUGUUAAGUGAACAGUUUAAUACUGAACGAGUGUGGAAUUUAAAGUGCCAGUCUCAGCACAGCCCACGUCCUGAUCUCAAUACGGAGCUUAAACCUGAAGAAAUUUAUGUAGAAUAUGCACACAUCAUUUGCAAUAUUAACGGUAAUCAGCUGUUUACCAUGUUACGCAGUUGUCGAAAUCAGUUGGGUACCGGCAGUGCCAUAGAAUGCAGCAUUAAAGGGGUAAAUGUUAAAAAAUUCGGAUUCCAAGAUCAGUUUUUAAUAAAUGAUGUAUCUGUUGUCGGUUUGGAUUUGGCAAACACUUUUGACCAUUUGCUCACAGCAUCAACUUGCGGUGGUUUUGAAACAAGAUACAGAGCAAUGGCACCACAUAAUACGUUAUUUGUUGGUGUCGGUUCUAAGCCAUACGUCGCAUUUCAUUAUGCUCUAGAAGGGGGUUCGCAACCUGUCCUUACGGAUGUCGCAAAAGCAGUUGCCAGCAAGCUGAAAUCUGCAUUACCAAGCUGGCUGACUGGUAAUAAAUCAGGUAUAGAGAAGCAAGCGUCUUUGGCAACUCAACCAUCUGAACCAAUGGGCUGUCGGUUUGGUCUGUGCGAUUUGAGACGCACUGCCUCGAGCGUAAUUUUAUCGCAAGAUCGUCGUCUGGGAGCUGUUACCGACGUUCUUGGUCGCAUUAUACUACUAGAUUGUCGACGAGGAAUCGUUUUGCGCAUGUUGAAAGGUUACCGCGAUGCUCAGUGCGCAUUUAUUCAAGUUCCCAACGAAAAACACAGCAAACGUCACUCAAACGUUAAAGUUGCCACAUUUCUUAUAGUUUACGCGCCCAAGAAGGGAACGUUGGAGAUCUUUACUGCGCAACACGGGUUAAAAAUAGCUACGUUUACCGCUUCCAAAUUCAGCAUUUUGCUCUAUGUCAAUUACGGCCUGGUGGGUUUUACAAUUACGACAAAGUCACGUUAUCUUUGUCCAUUCACGUGCGGUUUGCUAGAUUCCGACGGUGAAAUAAAGGAGGUAAUAGUACCAUUCCAUUUCUCUCUUGCGGAGAAGAAUUCCCACAAAGCUCGUGAUUUGCACUUGUACAAGAGGUUAAAAAAUUACAUAAAAACGGGAGAUUUAAUUUUAGAAAAUUUUAUCGCCGAAGCGCUCAGUAGUUGUAUGGAAAUUAAAACAACGGAAGUGCAAUUGCAGUGUUUGCAACUUUUGAUGGGGUGCAAAGAGGUGCAUCCGAAUGUAAUUUUGAAAUGUGUCGAGUACUUUCUUGAGAAAUACACCUCUUUAGAGGAAGAUGAGAUCAACAACGACAUGAAGAUGAUGAAACAACUUUUGCAUAAUUUGAACAUAAUGACACACUUUUAUCUUUUCAUUUUGUCUAAUGGCGAUGAAAAUGGAAAUCAGUCUGAAGUAAGCCAAAGAUUGAGUACUCAAACGUAUUUGGGUGAGAAAGUGAUCAGUAACUUACAAAAAUUGCUUGAUUUGAGUACAGAUGACAAAAGCGUAGAACCUAAAGUAUCAUUCUUUGAAGACAAUGCGUUCACAUUUUGCGCAUUUUUGUCUGUGUUUGACGUUGGCGAAAGCGAGCAAAUUCGCUUGCGUGCCCACAUUGACGUAAACACACUAUUUUUAAUAUCGGAAGGCAUCUUUAAGCAAUACAUUUCGGAGAACCGCAACGAUUACACGGAAUUGGCGCUACAAAUUAAAACGUGCAAAAUCUCCCUGAGCAAUUUGUUCGAGAUGGUUUUGAAUUAUUGGUUCAAUCGGCCGUUACACAUUAACGUUAAUUUAGAGAGGGAAAUGGAAAAUCUUAGUCACUUAAUUUACACUUUAACAAAGCUAGAAUCGUUGGACAACAUUUUGGUGGAGUACAAUCAAAAAUCAGAUUUCUGGGCGGGCAUAAGAGAGGUCUUAGCCAAAUCCUCUCGGCCCUUUCCAGCGUUGACCGCUGCGUUGAUUUGUCGCGGCGUUGCUCAAAAAAUUGAACACGAGAAAGAAUUACAACAAUCUGGCACCAGUCUCGAAGAGGAAAAUAUGGAAAUUUGGGAGAAGAUGUCUCAGGAGAAUUGCGACUGGAUGAUCCUCAUAGGAAAAUUAGAAGACAUAUCUUUAUUAAAUAUUAUACUGCACUUUAAGACUAACGUGGCGGAGUCAGAUGCACCAAAAUUGAAACACGAUCCCAUCGAUGUUAGUUUACAGUAUGUGCUACAAAAGGGAAGGGGUGCCGUUAGUGAAUUAGUGGCCCAGUGGUUAACUACAGCCGGUGUUAGUCCAGAAAGUAUAGUAUUUCGUAAUAAAAAUGAAUGCGCCAAUAGCAGCUUAAUUUUCGAGAGAUUAGAUACUUUAAAGAAACAAUUUCCUUACAGUUUAGAUGCAGACGUUUUACUAGUAAAUAUGUGUUGGGAGUACGCGUUAGCCUGGCAAAAAAGCUUAUCAGAAUUUUUGUACUUAGAGGCAGCGGUGAGGUGUUUGGAACAUAUCGCGGAACCACACUUAAAACAAGGAUUGUAUAAUUUGGUGUGGAAUACUCAUCUAAAAAUUAUUUUUGAAAGCGCAUGCAAAUUAAUUAACAAAGUUGGCAAGUUACCAAAAGAAAAACUGUGCAAACAAGAUACGGGACUGACCGACUUUCAAAUUAGUAUUUUCAUUAGUAUUUGCACAAAUUUUUUAGACAAUUUUUUGGAAGUUGUUCAACAAAGCUACAACUCGGAGAAGAUCCGAAUAAAUUACGAGAGCAUAUGGGAUAAUGGAGGGCAACCGCUGGCCGAAUUAGCUUUGCAACAAAAUUACAUUAACUAUGAUCUAUUGCACGCGCAUUACCAGCUGAGCUUAACAAUUCAAAUGAUCACAACUUUCACAAUCAAACACGCCAAACCCGUCAAUAAUUUGUACGAUAGUGCUAUUAUUAGUCUAUUUUUCACCGAUUUUCAACAGAAAACGCAGCUGAGCUGGCAUAGGUCGGAUACGAAAAUCCAUACAUCCAGAACACAAUUUCUGCUCAAAAUAAUAUCGUCGAGCAUCGAAACUGUGACCGUAAGCGAUCGCAAAAUUUACGCCGAUAUCCAUGUGAACUGGAUGUCGAAAUGUCAGUCGUUGGCUAGAGUUUGGAACUUGGACGUUGACUUACUAAAAAGAUUCCAAGUAAUGCAGCUUUUCUUGAACGGUUUUGAUAGCGUCGCAGAAGAACUGCUGCCGACCAUCGCGGAAUUGAAAAAAUUAGGUCCGGAUUUAUUGAUAGUUGCCGGAAAACGACUUCAUCAAUUUAUAUCAUCAUCUCAAGAUCUGGGAGAAAAAAUGUCCGCUUUAACUCCCGCAUUGACUAACUAUUUGGAUUCACUGCAAAAUGGCGAGUGGUGUGCUCCAAGUUCAAUAGAGGCAAUUUUAAAUAUAACCACACAUUGCCUAAGAUGUUUGGAAGAAAAUCAAAAUGAAUACAAAUUGGCAUGUCAAUUGUUAGAAGCGUGUGCAACAUUGCAAGAUGUUCGACGACAAUAAAAUAGACGAGUUGUUGUAGCAUAUAGUGUCGUAAUUGUUUCAUUUUCUCUGUUGUUAAUAAUUCAUUUUAUACACUGUUGAAACAUUUUUAAUUCAAAUAAAUAUGUUUUCCAAU